AUGGCGUCGAAUUCUCGUGCAAAGAUAAUUAUUGAUACUGAUCCGGGCGUCGAUGACGUUUUGGCACUGUUGCUCGCACUCUCGGCGAAGGCGGAGGAGAUUGAAGUCCUCUUGGUAUCUCUUGUCUACGGAAAUACCAAUGUUCACGGCUGUUUGCGCAACCUUCUUUCAAUGUUCGAGUCAAUAGAACGCGAACGCAAUUGGAGAAUUGAGGCCGGAUUGCCAAAGGGGUUUGAGACCUUGGAAAGACAUCCGCCUGUAGUCGCAAUUGGCGCCGAGAAACCACUGGAAUAUGAAUUUGUGCAAAUGGAUAGACACCCAAAUUACCAGCGCAUGAAGAAAUCAUCAAUGUUCUUUCCAGCAAUGAUCCCAGACACUGUCAGCAUCGUUUGUCUUGGCCCAAUGACAAACAUUGCUCUUGCCGCGACCAAGGAACCAGACGUCUUUCUCCGGGCAAAAGAGAUUAUUUGUAUGGGAGGAACAUUUGGCGUCAAAGGAAAAGUCUCUCCCUAUGCAGAUUUUAACACGUAUAUGGAUCCCCAUGCUACCGCCGAGGUCUUACGACUGACGGCCCCUUCCUUUGUCGCGGCAUUAGACAAUUCCGACAAACGCACAAGACCCCUGAACUUUAAGUUAUUCCCUCUUGAUCUCACAAUCCAGCAUAAGCUUUACGAGGAUUCAUGGUUGACUUGCCUCGAGUCGCGGCCCGACAGCCCGCUCGCCAGGUGGGUCAAUGGGUUUCUUACAUCUGCCUUUGACAAGUCCGCAGCAACAAGACAGAAAGAGCAAGGUGCCGUAGUCCGCCAUGCUGGAGAGUCAGGUGGAAGUCCGGAAAAGGGCAGAAGUAUCUCGCUCAACGAUCCGGUGUGUCUAUGGUAUUUCCUCGCGUCUUCUCAAUCGCCGCAAUCUUCAAGCUCGUCGGGGUCGUCAUGGACAUAUGAUCAUCUCCACGACGUGACGAUUGAGACGGAUGACGCAGAAACUAGAGGACGUUGGACUUGUACAACCAGUCAAACACCUGAUCCUUUAUCUUAUUCGAGGCAUGAUAUACAGAAUGUUAUUACGCGGAUGAUCCAAUCACCACCGCCUGGCCCAGAUAUGUUUGGGCAUGCUUUACUUGAUAGGAUUUUUUCUUGCCAUUACAAAUUUUAG